AUGCAAAAUCUAUACGUUCUAAUAAGAUGGCUAAGUAAAGCAAUUAUAAGCUCCCUUUUCGGGGAUGUGAAUAUAAUAAACCCAGAGAAUGUACCCUUAUAUGGAUCUGUUAUAUUUGUUGGUAAUCAUAACAAUCAAUUUAUUGAUGCAUGUAUGUUAGUAGCAAGUAUUCCAAGGCAAGUAAAAUUUAUAAUUGCCGAAAAAUCUAUGAGAAGAGCAAUUAUUGGAAAAUUAGCUAAAAUAAUUGGAUGCAUAAGUGUAAAAAGACCAGAAGAUUUAAAAUUUAAAGGUAUUGGUCAUAUAUAUUGGUCUAAAGGUGACACAAAAAUUAAAGGGAUAAACACAAGAUUUAAAUUAGAUGUACAAAUUGGAGAUAAAUUAAUGACACAAAAUAGAAUUUUUUCAGUUACGAAAAUUGAAUCUGAAACUGAUUUAGUCAUUCAAGAUGCUAUAAAUAUCGAAUGUGAAGAUAAAAAAAAUGGAGUAACUUUUAAAAUUAUACCCAAAAUAAAUCAAUCAGAAGUAUAUAAUUUAGUAACAAAUAGCUUAAAAAAUGGAGAUACUAUUGGAAUAUUCCCAGAAGGUGGAUCACAUGAUAGAACAAAUUUACUUCCAUUAAAACCAGGUGUUGCUAUUAUGACCUUAUGCGCAUUAGCUGAUGGUAUUGAAGAUGUUUCUAUUAUACCUGUUGGUUUAUCUUAUUCUAAAUUAUAUCAGUUACAAGGUUGUGUAACUUUAUUUUAUGGAAAUGCAAUUAUAGUUUCACAAGAUUUAUGUAAAGAUUAUAAUAAAAAUAAUAGAGAAGCAAUUUCUAAACUGCUAGCAAAAAUUGAAGAAGGUAUGAGAAGCUGUAUUCUGACGUCUAAAGAUCAUCAAACUAGUAGAUGCAUAGAAUUAUGUGUUAGUUUAUAUACACCAGAAAGAAUGACAAUAUCAAAAAAUAAAAUUUUUAAUAAUUUACAACUCUUUUGUAAAAUGUUUUGGAAAUUUGGAAAUUCUAAAGAAAUUGUACAAUUAAGUUAUGAAUUACAAUGCUAUGAAAAAUUACUGGAAUCAAACAAGAUUAAUGAUGAUGAAGUGUGGAUGCUUAAACAAUCUACUUCAUCUGCAACAUUAAAAUUUAUUGAACAGAUUGGUAGUUUAAUAUUUUGUGUAAUUUUUGGUAUGACUUUUUCUCUCCUUUGGUUACCCUUAGUUUGUAUUUCUAUAUAUUUAGCAGAAAAACAUAGAGAAGCUGCUUUAAAAAAUAGUACAGUAAAAAUACAAGGUGGUGAUGUUGUAGCUAGUUAUAAAGUUUUAGUAUUAUUAGUAUUAUUACCAACUUUUAAUAUUAUGUAUGGUUUAAUAUUUAGUUUUUAUCUUUACCAGUCGUGGUUAAAGAGAAUUCUUUUUAUAAUUUUAAGUAUGUGCAUGUUACCUAUUUGUUAUUAUAUCAAUUUAAAUUAUGCAGCACAAAUACCUGUUCUAUUAAGACAAAUGAAAAUACUUUUAAAAGUAAUAUGUGGAAAAAUUAAUGUAUGGAGAGAUAAUGAAAGAGAAUUAAUAAGUACAAGGCAUGAACUUCAACUGAAAGUUCGUAAUGUUGUUUCAAAGUUAGGUCCCAAUGUAUCUGACGAUUUUCUGGAGCAACUGUAUAGAAAUAUUCCAAAAUUUGUUGUUGAUGCAGACACAAAGAGAUUGAUACGGGGAAAAGAUGAGUGGGUUCCAAUUUUACAGUGCUCACAGUUAGAAUAUAAAGAAGAAAUUCUAUAA